UUGCUAUUUAUUUGCAAAUACAGAAUUUAUGCGAACAAUAGCUAUAUUAAAUUAAAGUCGAAUAAAAGUUUUUAUUCUCAACUCUUGAAGAGUACUAAUGUUUUGAAGAAUUUCGAAUAAAGAAAUAAUUUGGCAUAACUUUUAGUUGAAAAUGCCGUCUCGAAUUCUAGAUCCCGAGGCUGUUGUGCAGCGAAGCGAAGAUGGAUUGAAACCGAAUUAUAAACCUUUAACAGAAAAGGAUGCUCCUGAAGAUAGUUCAGAAAUCAAAGUAUCAAAAAAAAUGGUGCAAGAAAAUGGGGAUGCCCAUGUAGAUGAGGCAGCGGAGAAGAUGCUGUCUAAUGCAGAAGGAGCUGAAGUGAAAUUUAUUUCUGGGGAUCGCACAAAUGGGGAUGCUAAAGUUGAUGUGGAAUGUUUGCAACAGGUUUUCACAGGAAUGGGUAAAGAAGAGUUGAUGAAAUAUGCUAAAGAUCCAUUUUGGGUUCGAUUACGUUGGACUUUGUUUGUGCUUUUCUGGCUACUAUGGACUGCUAUGCUUGUUGGUGCUAUUGUUAUUGUUAUUGCUGCCCCCAAAUGUGCCGCUCCUGUGCCAAAAACUUGGUGGGAGGAAGGGCCAUUAAUAGAUAUUGAUCUUUCUGAUGCUGCCAAAGACGAAUCAAAUAUAUUCAAAAACUUGAAAGAUAUUGGUUCCAAUUCUAUAGUGCUUCGAAUUCCAGAUAACUAUGACUUAUAUAAGGACAAUUUCACUUAUGCUGAUAUAAGAGAUGUUAUUAAAAAAGCCAAAUCUGAAAAUGAAAAUUUGCACGUUGUACUUGAAAUUCAAGCCAACUUCGUACCUAAAGAGAACAAAAUGUUUAUGGCAAGUGAGAACCGUGAUUCAGAAUAUGCAGACUAUUUUAUAUGGUCUGAUGGUAAGGUCGGAGAUGAACCCAAGGAUAAGGUGCCAAAUAAUUGGAAAGCGACUGUAAAUGGAAGCGCAUGGAAUAAAUCUGAUAAAAGAAAUCAGUAUUAUCUUAGUCAAUUCGGAGAUCGUUUUGCUGAUUUAAAUUUUGGUAAUACAAAUGUACGCAACAUCUUUGCUGAGGCACUUGAAAACUUAGUUAACACUGGAAUAUCUGGAAUAAAAUUACGUUAUGCAAAACAUCUGCUGAUUGAUGAGACUUUAAUGGAUGAGGCUUUCAGCUCUGCUCCUGGAUUUGUUCAUAAUGAUUAUGGAUUUUACAACCAUUUGAGAACUAGUAAUCAAGCUGGGCUUGGUGAAUUAGUUCAGCCUUGGAAAGAAAUUGUUCAUAAUAAUACUGAAUCAGGUGUUUUCUAUAUUGCUGAAGAUAUUGACAGAAAUACAUUUGAAGUAGAUAGUGAGAUUAUACCUCAGUUACCAAGUGCAUCAAAGAAGUUAAUUGCAUUAAAUAGAGAUGCAUAUAAAUCGCAGGCCAAAGAUAUAUAUACAUCGUUGAAAAGUUUAGAUUCUGAAACAAGUUGGCCACAUUUACAUUUUUCAAGUCAAAAUGUAGAAGACAGAUCAGAGCAUAAUAUUUUACUCAUGCUUCUACCUGGUGUGCCAGAAUUGUCUAAAGAACAAUUACUAGGGUUAAAUAAUUCUCUAGUAAAUCAAUCUAAAGUUCUUUUAACAGCAAGGCAAAAUCCUUCUGUUAAAUAUGGUUCAUUUAAUGUUCAAUUGUUUGCAAAUGAAACAGUUGUGGGAUAUUCCAGGUUGAAACCUGGAAAUCCUGGCUUAAUAGUUCUGUACAAUACAGAGCAAGAUACAUCGACUGUUAAUUUGGAACCUUUAUUAGGGAAGGUAGAAUCUGUAACAGUGAUGUUAUUGAGCAACAAAUAUAAUGAAGAAGGAGUCACUAUAAAAGGUACGCUGCCUGCAUCAACAGUGCCUAUUUCUCCUAGAGCAGCAAUAUUGCUAUCAUAUAUUCCAGCAUCCGAAAAUUAAAAUCUAUAUUGGAUUUUAAAUGCUAGAUAUUAUUAUAUUUAUUGAAAGAUAUUUCUAAGAACUAAUGAUCCAAUAUAUGCCAAAAUGAAGGAUCUAUUU